AUGAAUCCCAACAACGUCGGCCACUCAUCACAACUCUCCAACAUGAAGACCUCCGGUUCCAUCUUGGCCUUGGCCACCCUCGCCGCUGCCCUCCCAUCGCAGAAGGUCAACAAGAGGGCCUGCGACUCCGCCGUCACACUCAGCGGCAGCGAGAAUGUCUUCAAGACUUACACCCUACACGCCAACUCCUUCUACAAGGCCGAGGUCGCCGCCGCAGUCAAGAACAUGACCGACUCGAGCCUUGCCACCGCUGCCGCCAAGGUUGGCGAUGUCGGAUCGUUCCUCUGGCUCGACACCAUUGCGAACAUCGACAAGUUGAAGAAGGAGCUUGCCACCGACAUUCCUUGCAAGAACGUCUUGGGUCUUGUCAUCUACGAUCUUCCGGGCCGCGACUGCGCUGCGAAGGCUUCGAACGGUGAACUCGCAGUCGGCGAGAUCGACAAGUACAAGACUCAGUACAUUGAUGUCAUCGCCGCUCUCCUCAAGGGAGCCCCCAACCAGGCCUUCGCCCUGAUAAUCGAGCCCGAUUCUCUCCCUAACUUGGUCACCAACAUCGACCUCACCACAUGCCAGCAGUCCAAGUCUGGCUACGAGGACGGCGUUGCCUACGCACUCAAGACUCUCAACCUCCCCAACGUCGUCAUGUACGUCGAUGCCGGUCACGGAGGCUGGCUGGGCUGGAACGACAACCUCAAGCCCGGUGCUGAGGGCCUCGCGAAGGUGUACAAGGCUGCUGGCUCUCCCAGCCAAGUCCGUGGUAUCUCCACCAACAUUGCUGGAUGGAACUCCUUUGACCAAACCCCCGGAGAGUUCUCCACUACGUCUGACGCCCAGUACAACAAGGCGCAAAACGAGAAGCUCUACGUCUCGCUCUUCGGCGAUGCUCUCGCCACCGCUGGCCACCCCAACCACGCCAUCGUCGACACUGGUCGCAACGCCGUCACCGGCCUCCGCGAAGAAUGGGGCCACUGGUGCAACGUCAAAGGCGCCGGCUUCGGCGUCCGUCCCACCGCCGACACAGGCGACGAGCGCACCGACGCCUUCGUCUGGGGCAAGCCCGGCGGCGAGUCAGACGGCACGAGCGACACUUCCGCCACCCGUUAUGAUUCUUUCUGCGGCAACGCUGACGCCUACAAGCCGUCUCCCGAGGCUGGUGAAUGGAACCAGGCGUACUUUGAGGACUUGCUUAAGAACGCUAAGCCGCAGUUCUAG